AAAAGAAUAUACAUCCACAGACAAAAAAAAAGUAAUUUUCAUUUAACUGAGACUCUUAAGAGAUAGAGAAAAGACAAUUUAGUAUUUUAUUUGUUCUCGAUUUCUAUAUACAAUAGAAGCAGUGUAAGCAAGUGAGCACGUAUUCGAGAUUUUCCUAAACGGAAAGAAAGAAAAAACCAGCAACUGAUUGGAGGGUAAUAUGAGUAAUGCUAUUAACCAAAAUGGCACAGGUCUAGAGCAGCAGGUUGCUGGUCUGGACUUGAAUGGCGGCAAAGCUAAUAAUAGCAGCCCCAUAACAACGAAGAGUUCAUCCAAUUCCGGCGUUUAUAUUCCUCCUCAUCUUCGCGGAGGUGGCAAUAGCGCACCUAACGCUAAUAGUGAUAAUCGCGAGGAAGGAGCUCCAUCGACAAAAUACGAAGGCAGAGAACAGCGCGGCGGCGGAGAGUAUCGUAGAGGCGGUGGUGGUCGUGGUUAUAACAAUUCCGGUGGUGGCUACGGCGGACGUCGUGGUGGUAACAGAUACGAGGAUAAUAAUAGCGGUGUUGACGGAGACGGAGAGUCACGACAACAACGUGGUGGUGACGAUUGGAAUCGCGGAGGACGUGGCCAACAGAAUACGCGAACAUUUGACCGACGUGAAAACGGUGGCUAUCGUGGAGGGCGCGGCCAAGGCGGCGGCGGCGGAGGUAGCAACAGCAAUCGAAAUAGUGAAGCUUUCGACGAUCAAACUCAGCCACAACAACCACGCAACGAUCGUUGGCAGGAACCAGAACGUCGUCCCGAGGACGUUGGGCAACAACGUAAUGAUCGCGGCAGCAGCGGUGGAGGAGAAAGGAACUAUGGCGGGCGCUGGAAAGAAGACCGGCGCGCCGACAUUGAUUACACUAAAUUGGGGCCACGCGAUGAACGCGUGGAGCAAGAGCUUUUCGGUGUCGGUAACACCGGUAUUAACUUUGACAAAUACGAGGAUAUACCCGUGGAGGCGACGGGCCAGAAUGUACCGUCUAACAUCACAUCGUUUGAUGACGUGCAGCUGACCGAGAUCAUACGCAAUAAUGUGAUGUUGGCUAGAUAUGAUAAACCGACACCGGUGCAGAAAUAUGCGAUCCCAAUCAUUAUAAAUGGGCGCGAUUUAAUGGCCUGCGCACAGACCGGAUCGGGCAAGACAGCAGCCUUUCUGCUGCCCAUUCUUAAUCAGAUGUAUGAGCAUGGCAUAACCCCGCCACCGCAAAAUAAUCGCCAGUACAGUCGCCGCAAGCAGUAUCCGCUCGGCUUGGUGCUGGCACCGACGCGCGAGCUCGCCACACAGAUCUUUGAGGAGGCCAAGAAAUUCGCUUAUCGCUCACGCAUGCGUCCUGCCGUUCUUUAUGGCGGCAAUAAUACGAGUGAGCAAAUGCGCGAAUUGGAUCGCGGCUGUCAUCUGAUUGUGGCCACGCCGGGUCGUCUGGAGGAUAUGAUUACACGCGGCAAAGUGGGUUUGGACAACAUACGAUUUUUGGUAUUGGAUGAAGCCGAUCGUAUGUUGGACAUGGGUUUCGAACCUCAAAUACGUCGCAUUGUCGAGCAAUCGAAUAUGCCACCAACCGGUCAGAGGCAAACUUUGAUGUUCUCCGCUACCUUCCCGAAACAAAUUCAAGAGUUAGCUUCUGAUUUUCUAAGUAACUAUAUAUUUUUGGCUGUAGGACGUGUUGGUUCGACUUCUGAAAAUAUUACCCAAACCAUUUUAUGGGUAUAUGAACAAGACAAGCGUUCUUAUUUGCUUGAUCUAUUAUCGUCAAUACGCGAAGGAGUUGAAUAUUCCAAGGAUAGUCUUACACUGAUUUUCGUGGAGACAAAGAAAGGUGCCGACGCACUGGAAGAAUUCCUCUACCAAUGCAAUCAUCCCGUGACAAGCAUUCAUGGCGACCGCACACAAAAGGAACGCGAGGAAGCUUUGCGCUGCUUCCGCUCCGGCGAUUGUCCCAUCUUAGUAGCCACCGCGGUGGCAGCUCGUGGUCUAGAUAUUCCCCACGUAAAGCACGUCAUUAACUUUGACUUACCAUCUGAUGUCGAGGAAUACGUACAUCGUAUCGGUCGUACAGGCCGUAUGGGUAACCUUGGUGUAGCUACAUCAUUUUUCAACGAAAAGAAUCGCAAUAUAUGUGGAGAUUUGCUGGAGUUGCUUAUCGAAACAAAACAGGAAAUCCCCGUAUUCCUUGAAGAUAUGUCCUCAUCAGACCGCUCCCACGGUGGUAAUAGACGAAGAGGCGGCGGCGGUGGCGGUGGACGCUAUGGAGGCGGUUUUGGCUCUCGCGAUUACCGUCAAACGUCUGGCGGAGGUGGUGGUGGCCCACGCAGUGGUGGCGGUGGUGGUUCACGUAGUGGUGGAGGCGGUGGCGGAUCUUAUCGCAGCAAUGGCGGUAGCUCUGGCGGUGGUUAUUAUGGAAAUAGCGGUGGAGGUGGCGGCGGUGGCGGUGGCUCCUAUGGCGGUAGCUAUUCAUCAUCGCAUGCUAACUCAAACUCCGGUGGCCCCGAUUGGUGGGGAAGUUAAAUAAAACGAACUGAUUGCGAAUAUCCGCUGAAAGCGAAAAAAUAUUAAAAAAUAUAAUAUGAUUUUAUGAAAAGUAAUGAAAUUAGUAACAACAGAAAUCUAGAAUUGAGAGAGUGCAGAGCAAAACACUAUUACCAAUAAUGCGUACAGAAGACAUUAUAAAGAAAACAUAAAGAAAUAAAAAAUACGAAGCAAAGCAGAAUCAGAAAAGCAAAAAAGGAAGUUUCUGAAUAUAUUUAAAUAAAAUAUAUUAAUUACUAUUAUUUAUGUAUAGAUCAUUAAUUUUAUAAAACAGCAAACAUUAAAACAUAAACACAUUUACAUACGAAUAAGAAACAUGCAUCCCUCCCCACACCACAAAAUGUAAACAUACAUAUUAUGUAUAUCGAAAAUGAUUUUAUACACAUUUACGAACCACAAAACAGAAGUGUAUCCAAAUGUGAUUCUACGAUACUAUUUUCAUAAUCACAGCUGAAAACUUUCACACAUGGACAAAGAAGUGUGAAACAAAAAAAAAAAUGGAAAAAAUAACGAAUGUGACAAUUGUGAAAAAUCUAAAUUGGAACAAAUGAAAGAAAUUAUUUUAAAUUGCAAAUAUAAAUACAACAAUAUAAGAAAAUAAGGUUUAGCAUAUGUAACAUGAUCAAUUUAAAACCAGGAGCACGAAUGACAAGACACGAAUUAAAUUUUUGAAUUGGAUGCAUGAAUGAAUGAUUUGUAGAACAAGUGGAUACACACUUCGUGGUCAUUAGUUAGAACCGAAAGCAUUGGUAAUAUAAUGAAUAAGGUGUGGUUAAACAGGCGGUUACUUCGAUCUUAUCCUAAUCGAAUUCGCCACGGGGGAAAUACGAAAAUACGUAGUACAGAAUACUUUCGAAAGCACUCACUCGAUUGUAAUAACUAAAAAAAUGCGAAACAAGCAAAAUAACCCAUUCAAAAAUAUACAAAUACAUUUUUCAAUUUCAUUUUAUUAUUAUUCAAUCAAAUAAUGUAUCUGCAUUAAAACCACGAAUCUGAUAAAAUGUUGAAAAUGUAAAUCCAUAUUACAAAAAAAAGAUAUAUAUGUAAAGCGUAAAAAAUGCGUUUGCAACAAAAAAUAAAAUUAUAUAAAAAAGAGUACACAGCGGAUACAAAAAAAUAUAGAUGGAAUCAUCAGCAACAACAAUUUCAAAUAGUUAAUUACCACGAACCUACAAAUACAAUAAAAAUAUACAUAUAUUAAACAAGUUUGCUAAAUAAAUGUACUUUUUAGCAAAUGAAAUUAAA